CUCAUCUGCUAUUCGGUGGUCAAUCCGUCCUCUUUCGAGAACGUUAGGAUCAAAUGGUUUCCCGAAGUGAGACACCACUGUCCGGACAAACCCAUUAUACUCGUGGGCACUAAACUGGAUCUGCGAGAAGAUCCCAAGACGCUGGACAAGUUGAAGGAGCGCAAAAUGGCGCCAAUCACUUACCCUCAGGGCCUGGCGAUGGCCAAAGACAUCGGCGCUGUUAAAUACCUCGAGUGCUCAGCGCUUACCCUAAAGGGCCUGAAGAAUGUGUUCGAUGAGGCCAUCCGUGCCUUCCUGUGCCCUCAGGUGAAGCCCAAGAAAAAGAAGCCUGGUUGUUCAUUAAUUUGA